UUCGAUUAACUUGGCUGAUCAAGUUGGAAUUAAACUGAGUCCGGACGGUUGCUACAGCGAUAAGGGUAUGAAUGAGUAAGAUACAGUUGAAACUUACACUUAUGUAGUUAAUCAAUUAAGUGAACGUAAUCUGGCUUACAUUCAUAUGACACAUUGUAGAAAAUAUCCUGAUUCUGAUUUUAGUGACAUCGAAAUCGAUAUUUAUCAAUUUAAAAAGCUCCUUGGUCCGCGAACGUCAUUUUUUGUUAAUAGGAACUAUAAUGCUUCAAAAGGGUUGAAAACAUUACAAGAUGGCAAAGCUGAUGCAAUUGUAUUUGGGCGUUUAUAUAUUAGCAAUCCAGACUUAGCUUCAAGGUUAAUCAAAGAACAAGAAUUAAAUACGAAUUAUGAUAUGACAAAAGGUUGGGGAUGUGGAUCGGAUGAAUAUACUUCUUAUCCAACGUGCGAGAACCGACUUUACGAUGUUCUCCAUGAUCAUGCUAAAAUCUGA